AUGAUCGUAAUCCAUCUAGGUGAGCAUUCACUAAGCCCUUUGCCUUCGUUGACGCGCUGGUCUCGUUCCGCUUCCGCACUUGUGAACAGUGGAGAGUGUCUCCUAAUCGCCGGUAGUCAUGGUGUCAUUGGAACCCUCAAAAAGGCUGUCAAGAUCAUAAUUUAUUGA